GCGGCCUUCGCCGCCGCCAACGGGGCUGUCCCUGUAGCUCCCGAUGGAGUUUGAGGCCCUGAAACCGCCGCCGAGCUCUGCCCCGGCGAGACGAGGCGCCUCCGUCGCCGAGCCGCGCCGUCGCGGGGCCCCCGGGAGCGGCCCUUAGCGACCCCGCCCGGGCCCCUCAGUACCGGGGAUUGAAUUUAAAGCUUCACAAACAUUAGCUUAUAAAACACUACACAGCAAAAUAAUGAUCUGCUAGACUGCUAACCUGAGCAUCAGCUUCCACAAUGCCUGUGCAGGCAGCUCAAUGGACAGAGUUUCUGUCCUGUCCAAUCUGCUAUAAUGAAUUUGAUGAAAAUGUGCACAAGCCCAUCAGUUUAGGUUGUUCACACACAGUUUGCAAGACCUGCUUGAAUAAACUUCACCGAAAAGCAUGUCCUUUUGACCAGACUGCCAUAAACACAGACAUUGAUGUGCUCCCUGUCAACUUUGCACUUCUUCAGUUAGUUGGAGCCCAGGUACCAGAUCAUCAGUCAAUAAAAUUAAGUAAUCUAGGUGAGAAUAAACACUAUGAAGUGGCAAAAAAAUGUGUUGAAGAUUUGGCACUCUACUUAAAACCACUAAGUGGAGGUAAAGGUGUAGCUAGUUUGAACCAAAGUGCCCUGAGCCGUCCAAUGCAAAGGAAACUAGUUACACUUGUAAACUGUCAACUGGUGGAGGAAGAAGGUCGUGUCAGAGCUAUGCGAGCAGCCCGUUCCCUAGGAGAAAGAACUGUAACAGAACUGAUCCUGCAGCACCAGAAUCCUCAGCAGCUCUCCGCCAACCUGUGGGCUGCUGUCAGGGCUCGAGGAUGCCAGUUUCUAGGGCCAGCUAUGCAAGAAGAAGCCUUGAAGUUGGUAUUGCUGGCAUUAGAAGAUGGUUCUGCCCUCUCAAGGAAAGUUCUUGUACUUUUUGUUGUGCAAAGACUAGAACCAAGAUUUCCUCAGGCAUCAAAAACAAGUAUUGGUCACGUUGUGCAGCUACUGUAUCGAGCUUCUUGUUUUAAGGUUACUAAAAGGGAUGAAGACUCUUCCCUGAUGCAGCUAAAGGAGGAAUUUCGGAGUUAUGAGGCACUGCGCAGAGAACAUGAUGCCCAAAUUGUUCACAUUGCUAUGGAAGCAGGACUCCGUAUUUCACCUGAGCAGUGGUCCUCACUGCUAUAUGGGGACUUGGCUCAUAAAUCACACAUGCAAUCUAUCAUUGAUAAGCUACAGUCUCCGGAAUCAUUUGCAAAGAGUGUCCAGGAAUUGACAAUUGUUUUGCAACGAACAGGUGACCCAGCUAAUUUAAAUAGACUGAGGCCUCAUUUAGAGCUUCUUGCAAACAUAGACCCUAAUCCAGAUGCUGUUUCACCAACUUGGGAACAGCUGGAAAAUGCAAUGGUAGCUGUUAAAACAGUGGUUCAUGGUCUUGUGGACUUCAUACAAAAUUAUAGUAGAAAAGGCCACGAGACACCUCAGCCUCAGCCAAACAGCAAGUACAAAACUAGCAUGUGCCGAGAUUUGCGACAACAAGGGGGUUGUCCACGAGGAGCAAAUUGUACAUUUGCCCAUUCUCAGGAAGAGCUUGAAAAGUACCGAUUAAGGAACAAAAAGAUGAGUGCAACUGUAAGAACGUUUCCUCUUCUGAAUAAAGUUGGUGUAAACAGUACUGUCACAACCACAGCUGGAAAUGGCAUUCCUGUUAUAGGAAGUACUGAAACACCUGGGAAAAUUGUUCCAAGUACAAAUGGAAUUUCAAAUGCAGAAAGCAGUGUUUCCCAGCUAAUCCCACGAAGCACUGACAGUGCACUGAGGACUCUGGAGACUGUGAAGAAAGUUGGGAAAGUUGGCACUAGUGGCCAGAAUACUGCUGGGCCCUCUGCAGAGUCUGUCUCUGAAAAUAAAAUUGGUUCUCCACCCAAGACUCCUGUAAGUAACGCAGCAGCUACCUCCGCUGGGCCCUCUAAUUUUGGAACAGAGCUGAGCUCUGUGCCUCCGAAAUCCAGCCCGUUUCUAACUAGAGUUCCAGUAUAUCCUCAACAUUCUGAAAGCAUUCAGUAUUUUCAAGAUCCAAGGACUCAGAUACCCUUUGAAGUCCCACAAUACCCACAAACAGGAUACUACCCACCACCUCCAACGGUACCAGCUGGUGUGACUCCUUGUGUUCCUCGCUUUGUGAGGUCCAAUAAUGUUCCAGAGUCCUCCCUCCCACCUGCUUCCAUGCCAUAUGCCGAUCAUUACAGUACAUUUUCCCCUCGAGACCGAAUGAAUUCUUCUCCUUACCAGCCUCCUCCUCCGCAGCAGUAUGGACCAGUUCCCCCAGUACCUUCUGGAAUGUAUGCUCCUGUGUAUGACAGCAGGCGCAUCUGGCGCCCAGCUAUGUACCAACGAGAUGAUAUUAUUAGAAGCAAUUCUUUACCUCCAAUGGAUGUGAUGCACUCAUCUGUCUAUCAGACAUCUUUACGGGAAAGAUACAACUCAUUAGAUGGAUAUUAUUCAGUGGCUUGUCAGCCACCAAAUGAGCCAAGGACGACUGUGCCUUUACCAAGGGAGCCUUGUGGUCAUUUGAAGACCACUUGUGAGGAACAGAUAAGAAGAAAACCAGAUCAGUGGGCACAGUACCAUACCCAGAAAGCACCUGUCUCUUCAACGCUUCCUGUGGCAACACAGUCACCAACACCACCUUCUCCUCUAUUCAGUGUAGACUUCCGAACAGAUUUCUCUGAGAGUGUGAGUGGCACAAAAUUUGAGGAGGACCAUCUUUCCCAUUACUCUCCCUGGUCUUGUGGCACCAUAGGCUCUUGUAUAAAUGCCAUUGAUUCAGAGCCCAAAGACGUAAUUGCUAAUUCAAAUGCUGUGUUAAUGGACCUGGACAGUGGGGAUGUUAAGAGAAGAGUUCAUUUAUUUGAAACUCAGAGAAGGACAAAAGAAGAAGACCCAAUUAUUCCCUUUAGUGAUGGACCCAUUAUCUCAAAAUGGGGUGCAAUUUCCCGAUCCUCCCGAACAGGUUAUCAUACAACAGAUCCUGUCCAGGCCACUGCUUCCCAAGGAAGUGCAACUAAGCCCAUCAGUGUAUCAGAUUAUGUCCCUUAUGUCAAUGCUGUUGAUUCAAGGUGGAGUUCAUAUGGCAGUGAGGCCACAUCAUCAGCACACUACAUUGAGCGGGACAGAUUCAUUGUUACUGAUUUGUCUGGCCAUAGAAAGCAUUCCAGUACUGGAGACCUUUUGAGUAUUGAACUUCAGCAGGCCAAGAGUAACUCAUUACUUCUUCAGAGGGAAGCUAAUGCUCUAGCCAUGCAGCAGAAGUGGAAUUCCCUGGAUGAAGGCCGUCACCUUACUUUAAAUCUUCUAAGCAAGGAAAUUGAACUGAGAAAUGGAGAGAGUGAUUAUACAGAAGACACAGUAGAUACAAAACCCGAUAGAGAUAUUGAGUUAGAGCUUUCAGCACUUGAUACUGAUGAACCUGAUGGACAAAGUGAACAAAUUGAAGAAAUCCUGGACAUACAACUUGGUAUCAGUUCUCAAAAUGAUCAGUUGCUGAAUGGAACAGCAGUGGAAAAUGGCCAUCCCAGCCAGCAGCAGCAGCAGAAGGACCCAAUGAAGCAGAAGAGACAGAGUUUAGGUGAAGACCAUGUGACUCUGGAGGAGCAAAAAACAAUUCUGCCGGUAACGUCUUGCUUUAGCCAGCCACUCCCAGUGUCUAUUAGCAGUGCAGGCUGCCUCCCCAUCACCACAUCUGUCAGUGCUGGCAACCUCAUUCUGAAAACUCAUGUUAUGUCUGAAGAUAAAAACGACUUUUUAAAACCUAUUGCAAAUGGGAAGAUGGUUAACAGCUGAAAGGAGGCUCAUCUUUCAAAUUUGUGACCACACCAUGGAAGCAUUUACACUAGCUUUUUAUAUAUAUAAUAUAUAUUAUAUAAUGUAUAUUUUUUUUAAAAAAAAGAUAUUACUGGGGGCAUCCAUUUCCUGUGGACUCUUUGAUACUUCAAGCCCUCUUGCAUUAGCAUUAUGAAAAAAAAAAAAAGAAAAUUUACUUUACUAGGGUAACGUUCACUUUCCAGAAAUUAUUGGAAUUUGGACAACAUUUAACUUAAGCUUCAAGCAGCUUUUUAUGAGUUUGUAGCAAUCCGGUGCAGUAACUGAGCCAUUUCCUAUUUUAAAUGGCUUCUACAGUAAAUUAACAACUCAGUUAUUAAACUAGCAGGAUCCUACAAUGAUACAUCUAGUGAAAGUAGAGUUAAUUAACUAAUUUAUUUCUAUUUUAUGUUUCACUGAGAGAAAUUUCCAUCUCAUUCCAGCUGCUUUAUUUAUCUUUUUUAUUGGACUUUGCAUGGAUUUUUCUUUUCCUUUUCUUUUUUCUUUUUCAUUUUUUGAAGAGUGGAGUUAGUUGUUCUUACCAUAGAGUUUUACAGGGUUAUAUAGUAGCUUUCUUUACUGCAUUAUAUGUAGAAGUGUGGUGCAGUGCUUUUAUCUGUAGCAUUUAAUUUUUUUAAUUUUCCAUUUUCAAGACUAGUUUCUGCUUUAUUAAUAUUUAUACACAGGCUACUUGUUGAAGUAAUUAAUUAAAAAUAUAACCAAGUGCCUAAGUCUUUCAGCUGAUGUACUAGAUAUUAAAUUCUCCUAAGUUAUGCAGAAUCGUUUUUACAAUUUUGAUAAAUUAUGCACUAAUAUAAUGGCAAUUUUUUAAAAUGCAGAUUUAAGCCUGUACAUUAUUGAAUCUGAUGACUUGGCAAAAGAAUCAGGUGCUUUCAGCUUUCUUGAGAAAACCCUGUAUGUAGCGUUUGCACUGACUAACAAGAUGGUAUUGCUGGGUCUUUAAUUUAAAGAAAUUAAUUUGGGUGUUCAUUGCAUUAUUUUAGUUAGAUAUUGUUUAUUGUUAACUUCAUGUUGGGUUUAAUUUUCCUUGUUUUCUGACUGUUAGGUUGAUAAGACUUUGAACCAUGUAGUAGUAGAACAUUGGCUAACAUUUAUCCAUACUUAAAAACAUGAAUAAUUUCCGCCCUGCCAUAAUGUGACUGAAAUUUUCACUUGGCAUCUGAAAAUAUGCAGUAUGUUCAACCAGCCAUGUCUCAGAUUUGUGGAUGGUAUUUUAUUGAAGCUUAAAUUUCAGUCAACUUUUGAAAACAAAAGCUGGGCAUUCCUUCCUGGUGGUAAUCUUACCUAUAGUUUUUUGUUGUUGUUGUUGUUUGUUUGUUUGUUUUGUUUUGUUUUUCCUCUAUUUCUUUAAGGUUAGUUUGACUUUCAUUAUUUUUAAUUAACUUCUGUGAAGUUGUUUACUCUAAAAAUUGUACUGGAAUAUUUUAAGCCAAGCUGAUCUUUCACCAGGUGUACUGUAUGUAAGGGCUUCUCCUGCUAGCAAGAUGCUUAAACAGGAUCAUGUUAUUGGUCGUCUGAGCUAUUUAGUUAUUUUACAAAAACCACAGCAUUGUAAGAUUUUGAUAAAAGUUUUGUGCACAUUUCCAGGGGUGGGAGGGUUGACAUUUCCCUGAAAUUUCUUGAUUGGAAUGAGUAAAUACUGGUGUUUGAUAACUGUCUUAAUGAACAUGCUCAUAAGGUGACUGAUAAGUUGUAAAUAAUACCUGAGAAACAAAGGGGUAGUUUUGAUAUUCUGGUGUCAGUAUGGAAGAUCUUACACAUUUAUUUAAUGCUUAAGUGUAUGAAGAUGUUUGUUUGUAGCAUAACAGCACAGUAGCCUUGACUUAGUUUCCUUUGGUUAGUACUGUACCUUUUUGCCAUGGCCAGUGCUCCCUAUCCCUACAAAGACAUUUUAUUUAUUUCACUCUGUAACCUGAAAUGAAUAGGAACAAGAGUUUUAAACCAUGUUACAUUAACUUAUUUCUGACAUUAUAAAUUAGCCUAGGAUAUUACAGGAACAUGAUUGUUAUAUAAUUUAUAUCAGAACCUUUCUAUGAAUAUGAGCUUAUUACAUUUGAAAUGCUUCCAGUCUUUUUUUUUUUUUUUCUGUUUGUAAUUCCAAAAAGGUUAUGUAAACCAGUCUGUCUUUUUCAUGGAUAUUUAAUAGUGAGAUCUUCCAUGUUGAAGGUAAUGUAUUUUUUUUUAAGAUUUUAAAAUUGCUAUUUUGUUACAAAAUAGAGACCUAUUAACAGUUGAGAGCUCCUUAUGUGCCCUCAGGGAAAGAACCCUCUGUGCAACAGAACUAGACAAACAUCUUCAGCACUUUCUGAGGGUGAUAAUAUACUACAUAAAUUGAUCUUGUGUAUUUAACCUUAUCUUUUUAAUUUUAAAAUUGAAAUUUUGAAGCGUGGUUGUGCUCUGCUGGAGGGGUUGGGAUGCUUAGGUGUUUGCCUACUUGUUCAGUAAAUUACAUUUGCAUCAGUAUGUAUACCUGCCAACCUUAUUGGUAUGUCUCAAACACUUAAAGUAAUGCUUGUCUUGCAGCAGAUGAUCCCACAAAAUAAUAACUCCCUAUUCUUCAAUUUUUACUCUUUCUCACUAACAACAUAGGAAUUGUUUCUGUGUUGAUGUUAUUAUGUAUUGCAUCUUUUAUGUGGUGACAACCUACUGUCUGUUUUGGUGGGUUUAAUGUGAAAUAAAGCCAUUGGAUCUCUGCCACUUGAGAAGAAAGAACAGUUCAUCUGACCUUUCUUCAAAGUAGUACCUACUGAUGUCAUAGAGGAAAAUAGUACAAACAGACCUAGAACAUGGCUUUUAAAAUUGAGGGCAAUCAUCACUUUGACCCUUUAUCAAGACAUUAUGUGUACCUGCCAACCUUAUUGGUAUGUCUCAAACACUUAAAGUAAUGCUUGUCUUGCAUUUGGGAUCAGAGGCUACAAUGCAAUAGAAGAGAAAAUUUGUAAUGUUGAUAUCUAAACUGCAUGUGUUGCCUAUGGGUGUAACCAGGAAAAAGCAGUCUGAAGUCUGAAAAGCAGAAAAAUGGUGUGGGUUUCCUUACGUUUUGUUUCUGUUUUUCUUUCCAAUUUCUGAGUCCAGUUCCUAGUCAGUGUGCCACAUUCAGAUGCUGUGAAUAUAACAUCAUUAGUCUUGUGUGGGGUCAUUUCAUUUUAUGAAUUCUAAGAGUUCUAUGUGUAUUCCUUCUACUUGGUACUUAAACAAAUCAGAUUCUCUUGCCUUUGCUACCAUGACUUAUUUCAAUGCCAUGCAACAAACCAGUAUAUGUGGGGACAGUUGUACAUUGUAAUUUUCAAAAAAAGGUAGCUCUUUAGGCCCGUGGCACUGAUUCUCUCCUUUCAUAGCUUUUUGCUCUAAUAAGAGAAUUAAAUGAAACCUCUCGUACAAAAAAAUAAAAUUUCCCAUUUGUAUGGAUCCUAGUCACUUUGACCCAGAUUUCAAGUUGAUGCUAAGUUACAAAGCACAUCCUGAUUUUAUAUACAGAAGAUUGCAGAAUGCAAUGAUUUGUAGGACUUUUGAAUGGGAUCAUUUAACCAUUUGAAAAAAUUUGUUUAAAAACCAUAUACCCUACUUUUGAAUUUUAGAUGUGAUACAGCCCAUGUUGUCUUUUUAGCCAGGGUUGGAACUUGUAACAGUCAGAUUCAGUAUAUGAUUUCAGCUAUGAAUCUGAGUAUUUCUUCCCUUAUUUCUUUGAGUUGUUUUCUGAGCAGACUGUCACCAAUAUUGGUAACAAAUCAUUAAAGAGAAAAGUUGCAUUGCAGCUAUGUAUUAGUGUCCUAGAACUUUCUUUGUGUUUUGGUGAAUCAAGAGUACUGAUGGGAUCACUUACUGUAACUCCUUCUACAGAAGGGCCCCUUCUGCAAGCAGAACACAAAUGAACAUGCUCAAGGAGUAUCCCGUUUUCUAGAGAUUAAGUUUGCUAGUAACUCCUUUACACUGGCUCUUUCUUUGUAUCCCUUUGCUGGCAAGGGAGUACAAGGAGUCAAACCACAGAUCAGAACACCCACAUUUGAGUGGAGAGUUAUUUUUACUCUAAGGGGAGUUAUUCCCCCAAGUCUGAAACUGGCGAUUAUUUUUUUUCUCUUAUAUUAAAUUUUAAAAAUAUUCCCUAAACCAGUGAAAAACAGACACUGGCUGCACUUAGUACUGCCAAAAGCCAAGGUCAUUUGCACAUAUUCCAUCAACCUGUCAAGAAUUAGGCCUCACUUUAUAACCCACGGCAUGGAAGUGCAUGCAUUCUCUUAGCUGGGCAAACAAUUAUACUGUAGUUGUGAUACAACACAUGUGGCUUUUAUUUGUACUGCACAUACCCACUGUACAGCCACUUGGGAGUAUCGUGGUUAGCUUGCAGCAACUGCUGUCUGCAUUUAUACUGUUUAUUGCAUAUUCUUUUCCCUGGAAGUGAAAGAAAAAUGUUUUUCUUGUUGCAUUGAUUACAUUUUAUAAAUUUGCUUAGCUGGAAAGUUUGGGAAAAGAGGCCUGUUUGUCAAUUGUACAACCGAUUGUGAAGCUUAGUGUGAAUAUUUUUACGUCUGUAUUAGACAUUUUCUUUGCAAAUCUAUUGUUCGAUUGAAAUGUAAAUGAAAUUAAAGAUGGUGUACACCCAUCAUGUAAAAAGCAGGCACCAUCUCUAAGAUGGAUUUAAUGCUCAUUUUUAAGGCAUAUACUCAGCUUCUAUUUAAAACUAUAAAAUAAUUCUGUACAAUGAAAUGGGGAAUAUAUAUGGGAAUAAAUUCUAUUCCAUUUAUUUCAAUUUGAAUUUCCAAAUUGUAAUGUUUCCCUUUGUGCUAUAGGAAUAGGAUUAAAGCGGGAAGGCUAGGACUUUCUAAGGCCUGUAUGUGGGGGGUGGGCAGAGACGGAACAAUGAGGGUUGUGAUGAUAGUGAAUAGCAAAGAGUGAAUUCUGUGUGUUUUUGCUGUAGCACUGAAGUGAAGAGAUAUUAGCUUUGGCUGUUCACAAAAUAGAGCAUCAUGAUUUUCAGUGUUUGAGAGAAAAAUUGAUGGAAAAGUUUGCAGUACUUGACAUGUAUUUGCAUGCACAAAAUAAAAUUAUUUGUCCACCUUAAAAGUUGUUUGCUUAGUGUUAAUGUUAAGUUUAUGGUAUGUUUUAGUUGUCCUAAUUUUCUUGAUGUUUCUUUUAAAGAUGGAAAGACACUCCUUAAGUAGGGACUUAAAUGAUCACUUACUUCAUUGGUAUAUCAUUGGGAAGUAAGUAGGCCCAAGGAAGUUGAAAUAUUUAAUUUUGUCUGACAUUUCAUUCAAAAUAGAGCACUUUUAAAAUGAGAGGUGGUGUAAAAAAAAUAAUACUGAGUUUACCAUCUUUGGGAGAUAAUAGGACAGAUUCAUAAAUAGGACAAAAUCUUGUGUUAUGAAAAUAUGAAAAUCAUUCUGUAGGCUUCAGAAUUUAAAAAAAAAAAAAGGCUGAAUCUCAGCACCAUUGUCAUUGACCCCUGGGUCCCUUUAUUUAUUCACCCAGCAGAUGUGUCAUAUGCCCGUCUGUGCCGGUCUUUAAGACUAUAGGUCGAUGAAAUGAGCUCUUUCCCUAGAAGCUCAGAGUGUAGAAAUGGGAAAGACCCAAGUUGAAUAGCUCAGAAAGCUACAUACAAAGGGGCCAUUUGUAGCUAUGUUGAGCCAGAGUGGGUGCUUCUCUGUGAGGCAACCUCUGGCUAGACUUUAAAUCUUGUAUAACAUUUUUUAUCAGUAACAGGUUACCUUCAUGAACCCGUGAUCUUUACCUCUAUUUUGUAUUUUAAUCCUAUUUUGUAUUUGAGAGGUUAUGUAAUUUGCCAAGAUCUCAUAACCAGAAAGUAAUAGAGUCAGAGUUCUGCCAUCUUUCUGUCUCUCAAAAAGGUAAUGAUGAUGAUAGUUGGAUCCAUUUUCACGUAAGUGGAAAGUGAUUGAAAAAAUGGGACUUCAUGGAGUAAUAAUAUAAACAGCCAGUUCUCAGAGCACUUAGUAUGUUCUAGAGUUCUAAGUGUUACGAUAUAGAUUAUUGUCACCAUUUCCAGAUAAGAAAAGGAAUAUAGAUACUUUUGAGAAUUUGCCCAAGUUUACACUGCCAGAAGAGGGAGAUAGUCAUUGAAUACCAUACUAAAGCGAUCUUAAGAGAAUCUUGGAUUAAUAAGCUGAAUGAUUUAAGAUUUUAGAAAGGAUACUUAGGCAAUAAUGUGAAAGGUGAAGCUGGAGAUAGACCAGCAAAGAGACUGGGUCAAUACUGCAAGAAAGUGUAGACUACAUGACCAACAUGCAGGGUUGGAGGAAAAGAGAUGAGCUUGAAGAUUGGAGUUGGGAAGAACGCCUGACCAGAUUUGCUGUGCAAAAAAGUGCACUAGACAUCUGUACAUUAUUAGGUGAUUGAAAUUUGUUUAAAGAUUACAAACCUUGUUUUGCUGAGGACAGACAUAAUUGUCACAUGCAGUCUUGAAUAAGCCCCAGAGUGACCUCAGAGUAUAGGAAGAAGCAAGAAGAAAAGCCAUGAAGAGGUGAACCAGGCAGAGGAAACGAGUUACUACAGGGGUAGGUCUUGUGUAGUCCUGUUGGCCUUAAACUCACAAUCCUGAGUGCUAAGAUCACAGGUGUACAACUUUAUACUCAGCGUGGAAAGGAAGCAUCAUCGAAGAAAUGAAAUUUCAGAGAGAUUUAUAGUUAAUCCCUGUUGAAAUAACAUGCUUAACAAAGUAGCUCAGAUGCCCAUGAGAUAGCUUCAUGACUAGGUCUUUAAGGAUUUUCUCAAAACCAAACCUCAAUGAGGAUCAGAUGGAGAGUAAUAAGAGGUGCAGUUUAAAAUAGGUAUCUAAGUCCAAGAGAAUGGAGAUCUAUUGAAGUAUUUUUUAAACUAUAUUUUGAAAUACUUAUAGAUUGAUAGGAAGUUACAGAAAGUACAGACAUCACCAUGUACCCUUCACAUAGUUUGUCCCAUGGCAGUAUCUUGCAUAGCUAGUACAAUAUCAGAACCAGAAAACUGACAUCAUAUGCAAUCCAUAGACCUUAUUUACCCCUCCUCAGCUUCCUGUGUAUUCACCUGUGUAUGCCCACCCAUGCAGUAGGGUUUAUGGGUGGUUCUGAUGCAAUUUUCUCAAGUGUAAGUUUGUGGAAAACCUAUUGCUAAAAUAGCAACUGUUUCCUCUCAUUCAUUCUUUUCUCCCUUUAUAUUCACAUUUUUUUUUUAAAUUACUCUGAACCCUGGUAGACAUUAAUCCGUUCUCCAUCUCUGUAAUUUUGUCAUGGUGAUGAUGUUAUAUAAAUGAAAUUAUACCAUAUGUAACCUUCGGAAAUUGGUUUUUUAUUUAUUUUAUUUUAUUUUACUGAGUUGAGCACAACUACCUUGAACUUCAUCCAAGUUGCUGCAUGUAUUAAUAGUUUGUUCCUUUAUAUUGCUGAGUAAUAUGCCAUGGUAUAGAUAUAUCAUGGUUUGUUUAACCAUCAUCCAUUAAAAGGCAUUUAAGUUGUUUCAAAUUUCUAUUACAAAUAAAGCUGCUAUGAACAUUUGUAUAA